AUGGGUAAUGAUGGUGGAAGUAUCCCGGAUCGUCGGGACCUCGUUCGGACCAAAGCAAAGGCAGAACAAGCUGAUAAAGCCAACCAGACUCGCGCAAGAUGGUUCUUCUGUGCUCUUUCUAAACGACCGCUUCAAGAUCCUAUAGUGUCUUGCGCUCUCGGCAAACUAUAUAACAAAGACUCUAUCUUGGAGUAUUUAAUAGACAAGUCUGCUUAUGGAGAUGGGGAAAGGAUAUGUGGACACAUUCGGUCUCUAAAGGUGCUGCACAUCGUUAUCAUCGACGUCAAGACAUUAAGGCUGACUCCCAACACCAGCGUUUCCCCUUCCACUUCCCUCGAUCUUACUUUGCGGUCACCUUUCGUUUGUCCACUCAACUUGAAGGAGAUGAACGGUGUCCAACCCUUUGUCUAUAUUUCGACUUGUGGCUGCGUCUUCUCACAAGCUGGUCUGAAGACUGUCGUUAGCGCCUCUUCAUCGCCCAAGGAGAAGAAUAAACUAUUAGCACAAGGUGAACCAACAUCUCACGAGCAGGAAUUGGAGCUUUGUCCCCAAUGCGCAACCAAAUUCUCCCGACUGGAUGACAUAGUAGUAUUGAAUCCACUUCCGGAAGAAGAAGAGCACAUGCGGGAAAAGAUGGAACAGCAACGGUUAAAGGAACCUACGAGAAAGUCAAAGAAGCGAAAGAAUGCUUCUUCCGUGGACGAUUCUGAAGCUCCUGCCAAUAAGAAGAAAGUUGUGACCCCCAUGCAGCCAUCGAUAGCAGCAGUCAGUCGGGCGGCGCUUGCCAUGGAGGAAGCAAAGAGGAAAGCAACUAUGAGCGAGGCAGUUAAGAGCUUAUAUGGAGAUGGAAAGCCAGCAAGAAACGAGACGUUUAUGACGCGGGGAACAUUCACGAGAUACGCGUAA